GCUAGCUUGUCCGUUUUUCUUGGUCGUCCUUCUUCCCGAUGAGCUAAUCGGUUUCGGUCAACCGUUACACCUGCUCACAGUUUCUCAAAUUUAUCCUCCCACAAGUACACACAACAUGGAUGAUUUUGACAUGCUGAACGCGCCCGCCGCUGGUAAUGGUGUCGGCUCGGAAGAGGACCCCGCUGCCGCCUUCUUGGCCCAGCAGGAGAGCGAAAUCGCGGGGAUUGAAAACGACGAAGGCUUCAGCAUCCUGGACAGUGGAGAGGUCCCUUCGUCGUUCGGAGACUCCAACGAUGGUGCGGUCAACGGAGAGCUUCAUGGGGAAAGCAAUGGUCCAUCAGACGCCUAUGCAGCCAUCUCCAAUGCAGACCGGCUGCAGGCCGAACCUGAAAGCCUACGCAAGUGGAGGGAGGAGCAAAAAGAGAGACUGGAGUUGCUAGAUGAUAACUCUCGCAAGCAGGAGUCAGAGUGGAAGGAGAAAGCCAAGGUGGAGCUUGAAGAGUGGCACGCCAGGCAGAAUGAGCAGCUGGAGAAAACCAAAACCAAUAACAGGGUGCUGGAUGAAGACUUCUACAAGCAGCCCUUCUCUGAGCUCAUUGGUUAUGUCACACACAUUAACCAUCCUUGCUACCGCCUAGACCAGGCGGCUGAGGAGGCCAUGAUUUCAGAUCUGGAUGAGAACAACCCCGGCACGGAGUGGGAGCGGGUGGCUCGGCUCUGCGACUUCAACCCCAAGUCCAGCAAGCAGGCCAAAGAUGUGUCCCGCAUGCGCUCCGUCCUCAUCUCCCUGAAGCAGUCCCCGCUAGUCCGCUAGGCAGCCAAGCCUGCUCAGGGGGUCAUUCCAUGUCAUACCUUCUCAUCACACACCAACCAACCCAACUACCGAUGGCUCACCAUCUGUAUUCUGAAAACAAGGGGACUUGACACCCCUUCUGUCCUUAUCUGUUUGCCAUGCACAGCCCUGUGGAAGGAUAUAGCCAGUGGUCCUAUCCUCAUCUAUCUCCUCCUGGUAGGGCUGUAGAGAUUAGCCUUGAAACACCAGCUCACCAUUUUAUGCCCCCCUGAAAGGUUUUGAUCUGUGUGAUCUCUUCCACAGACCAAUCAAGACCUUGUAAUUCCUCUUCCUCGUUGUUAAAUAUACUGAGAUCAAGGCCUAUUAGAUCAACACCAGGUCUCAUGGUCUGUGGUAUUGUUUAACACUUGUGUAAGGGUGGUGAGUUUGGACACUAAAAGGGAAGGAUUGAUGUUUGUUUGGGCCUACAGCUACACUACAACCUGCUUCACAUGGCCCCCAAACAAUAUCAUUCCCAUGAUGCUGUACUACCUGUCCAUCUUAUGAAUCUUUCUCUGUCCUACGAGGGUUGAUUGAUGUUAAAUGGUUUUAUUCACCUUUUGCCCUCAAACACAUCACCUCAUGUUUUCCCAUCCUUACAAAAAAGUAUCUUCAGAAUGUUUUUUGUUUUUGUUUGUUUUUUUUAAGGACCAAACUCUUAAGACAAAACUCCAAAUUCAGUGUGUGUACUUUGAACUGUGUGCAGAGCCUGCUUGUGGCAUAUUAUGUUAAAUUUUCCAAUCUAUGCAUUUCCUUUUGAAAAGCCUCUCCCCUCUCCAGUCAGGAACAGAACAAAGUCCAGUCAUUACAAUAUAUGUGACCCGUUUGUAUGUGCGUUUAAACCUCAACAGUGUGUGUGUGUGUGUGUACUCUAUGCGUAUACCUAUGUACAUAUACAGAAGGCAUUAUAUAUACAGUAUAUAAAACAUUUAUGUCACUGAAAUUAGACAGUUGUGGUUUUAAUGAGAACUUGUUAUCAGCCAGCUGUUGCUUGACCAUGUGUGUUCAUUGUCCAUUUGAUUUCAAUAUCAGUAAAAAGUGAAUGAAA